CCCGAGGACCCGGCCGGCCACCGUUACAGGCAGGCGAAACAAACAAGAAGAUAAUGAUCGUGGCAUUUUACAGAGCUGCCCGACGCCCCGCCCACGACUCCGCGCAUGCGCUCAGCGGUGUAGGGUGCCAGCGGUUGCCCCGGGCACUGGCACGCUCACCUGAGGACGACCUGACCAGUGCCACCCCUACCCGGAGCGAACUGUGACCUGCCUCUGAGCGCGAGGCAGCUUGGCUAGUGGACGUCCCCUGUCUCCCGCCGCGUGGUGCUGCUCCCCAUAAAUAUUUACUGACCUGACGCCGGUGACGGUGUGGCUGCGGGCGAGCAGUGUUGUGCCCGGCGGUGCGGCGCCUCACCACCUCCCUCCCUCAGCAGACCGCCCCAGCGCCACCAUCACGACUCUCGGCCUCAGGAGCGUGGCGGGCACGGCCGAGUUCGGUGACCUGGCACUGCUGGCCAGCGCGGUGGCCAUGAAGGGUGAGGAAGAAGGUGGAGUGGCGGCACUGGUGCCUCUAGUGCCGCCUGAGGACGCCCCUCCGCCCCCCAUCACAGAGGUGCCGUCCGACACUCCCGCCGGCGUGGCCGCGCCCUCCGCCAGCAGCGAAAAGAGCGCCGGCGGGGCGAAGCGGGGCGGCGCGCGUCGCCAGGAGAAGCCGCCCUACUCCUACAUCGCCCUCAUCGUCAUGGCCAUCCAGAGCUCGCCGCAGCGCCGCCUGACGCUUUCAGAAAUUUACCAGUUCCUGCAGCAGCGCUUCGCCUUCUUCCGCGGCUCAUACACGGGCUGGAAGAAUUCUGUGCGCCACAACCUGUCGCUCAACGAGUGCUUCAUCAAGCUGCCCAAGUCCAUGGGGCGGCCCGGCAAGGGCCAUUACUGGGCCAUCGACCCGACGGCCGAGCUCAUGUUCGAGGAAGGCUCCUUCAGGCGGCGCCCGCGGGGAUUCAGGAGGAAGGUGCAGGCGAUGAAGCCCUACCAGCUGUACCAGGGGGCGGCGCCCUCCUUGCCCUCGCACUACGACAUGUGCGGCACGCCGGCGGCCCAGUACGGCCAGUACCCGUCCUACCAGGAUUACGCGGGCUACACCCAGCCGGCCACCUCCUACAGCGCCAACAUGUACGCGCCGUGCUCCCUCUCCUCCUACAGCACCAGCGGGAGCGGCGGCGUGGCCGAGUACCAGCCCACGUCCCCGGGCGUGUACCCCGGCAUGGCGCCCACCGCGCCCCUCCCGUCCAUGGGGCCCCUGGCUGACCGAGACAUGUGGUCGGCCCUCACGCCCAACACCACACCCACCCUCACGCCCACGGCGACCUACGUCAAGCAGAGCAACAGCCCGACAAGCUCUCCUGCCCCCCUGACGCCCCCCGCGAGCGACACAAUGGGCGGGUACCCCAUGGGCGGGGGCCAGGAGCACGCCGCCCUGCACACGCCCAUCGUCACCAACACCGCCCACGUGCCGCCCUUCCAGCCCACGCACCCGCUCCACCACCACCACCACCACCACCACCACCACCCGGAUCUCGCAGCCAUCCAUAGCAUGCGAGGAAUGAGCCAACAGCAGCAACAGCACCCACAGCAACAGUUACAACAACAGCAGCAGCAGCAACAACAACAACAGCAGCAACAACAACAACAGCAACAACAGCAGCAGCAACAGAUGUCAUCACUGGUGGCGCCCACCUACGACAAGCGACUGUGGACUCCGCCCUCGACCAUGUCAGGGGGCGGGGCUCUCACGCCGACGCAGCCAGCCAUCGGAGGCAGCCUGUGCCCGUCACCCACUCACCUCCUGCCGCACCACCAGGCCACGCCCACACCGACGCCCGCACCGCCUAAUUACUUCGAAUCUGUUAAAUACUCCAUGUAACCCGCCCAGCAGAGGGAACCUGAGAUCGCUGUCCUCGCGAUACUUUAUUAUGUUGUUUUCUUCGUGUCAUGUUAAAGUUUUGGAGCACAAGGUGCGAAGCGGCGCGUCCUUGUAAAUACCCGAGGGCGCGGCGGGGCCCGGCCAGCCCCGCCGCGCCGUCGCGCCGCCUCCGCCUCUCGCCCUCACUGCUGGGAACGUGUGCAAUACUCAGAUUGUUAGUGACGCCCUCAGACCCUUAGUCCCAUAGCUUACUCCUGGACCUUCCCUCACCUAUUAUCCUGCCAGUUACAAAUUAUAUAU